AACGCCGACGCGUCCUCCGACGAUCUACUGCCACGACGACGCCGCGUGGUACAAGCGCGACGCGCCGUCGAAGCACUGCGACUGGGUCGCCGGCUAUUCCGCGGGCCGCUGCGAGGUCGUCGGCGCCGACGAGCGCCUCGCGCACGAGGCCUGCCGCGCGAGCUGCGGCUGCUCCGCGCCGAGCGCGUCUCCGACGACGGACGCGCCGUCGCGCUGUCCGUCGUACGCGCCCUCGGAGCUCCCCACCCCCGAGCCGUCGAGCCCCUCGCCGAGCGGAGCGCCGUCCGCGGCGCCGUCGCCCGCGCCGUCGCCCGCGCCGUCCACCGCGGCGCCGAGCUCCUUUCCGACGCCCGACUGCUCCGGCAACGCGAGCCUCUUCUCCUACGAGCGGGGCCCCGACGUCGAGAGCUGGGCGGGCUCGACGACGACCUCGUACGCGGGCCUGGACGGCACCAACGGCGCGGUCCUGCGGACGCUCGACGACGCGGACACGACCCUCGUCACGUUCCUCUGCGCUCCCGACGACGUCGAGGUCUGCAACACGGUGGUGUUCGACUUCGGAGACGCCGUGCCGAGCGGCGACCUCUUCUUUCGAGUGACGCUGGGGAACUCCUCUAUCGAAACGUCCUUCGACGACGAGGAGAGCCCGGUGUCGACCUACAUGUUCUGCCUCAGCCACGGCGCCAUCGUCCGCGCGCCGACGGCCGCGCCCACGGCGUCGCCGGCGCCGACGACGGGGAGCCCGAGCGACGCUCCAACGCCGACGCGUCCUCCGACGAUCUACUGCCACGACGACGCCGCGUGGUACAAGCGCGACGCGCCGUCGAAGCACUGCGACUGGGUCGCCGGCUAUUCCGCGGGCCGCUGCGAGGUCGUCGGCGCCGACGAGCGCCUCGCGCACGAGGCCUGCCGCGCGAGCUGCGGCUGCUCCGCGCCGAGCGCGUCUCCGACGACGGACGCGCCGUCGCGCUGUCCGUCGUACGCGCCCUCGGAGCUCCCCACCCCCGAGCCGUCGAGCCCCUCGCCGAGCGGAGCGCCGUCCGCGGCGCCGUCGCCCGCGCCGUCGCCCGCGCCGUCCACCGCGGCGCCGAGCUCCUUUCCGACGCCCGACUGCUCCGGCAACGCGAGCCUCUUCUCCUACGAGCGGGGCCCCGACGUCGAGAGCUGGGCGGGCUCGACGACGACCUCGUACGCGGGCCUGGACGGCACCAACGGCGCGGUCCUGCGGACGCUCGACGACGCGGACACGACCCUCGUCACGUUCCUCUGCGCUCCCGACGACGUCGAGGUCUGCAACACGGUGGUGUUCGACUUCGGAGACGCCGUGCCGAGCGGCGACCUCUUCUUUCGAGUGACGCUGGGGAACUCCUCUAUCGAAACGUCCUUCGACGACGAGGAGAGCCCGGUGUCGACCUACAUGUUCUGCCUCAGCCACGGCGCCAUCGUCCGCGCGCCGACGGCCGCGCCCACGGCCGUCGCGAACGUGACUUGCCCCUGCGGCUACUACGGCAACGUCACGGCGGACUGCGGGCCCUACCGCAACGCGACCGUGUUUUACUGCGACGGCGUCCCCGGCGAGUACGCGGUGUCGUGCCCGCUGUUGGAGACGGGCGUCUGCGCCAUCUACGACGGUUUCGACUUCGCGCCGGCCUGCGAGACGUCCGUCGUCGACGGGACGACGAUGUGCACCUGCGACCUCGCGACGGGAGAAGCGGCGGACGCGUCGCUGCGGUCGCGGCUGUUGGCGAUGGCGUCGACGUACGCGGACGUGCUCGCGGCCGAGCCCGACUUCGCGCGCGCGGCGGUCAUGCUCGUCGCGCUGGGCGCCGCGGCGCUGGGCUGCGUCGCCGCCGUCGCCUGGGGCCGGCGCCUCGACCGGUUGGACGCGCGGGAGGACUCGUGGAAACGCGAGUCCGCGCGGCCGACGCUGAGCCGCCAGCAGACGCUGGGCCGCACGGGGCCCUUCUACCGCCAGACGACCUGGGACCGCUGCUCCUACGCGCUGCUGACGCGGCACCCCGUGCUCAGCUUCUACGCGGUGCACCGGCCCGGCGCGCCCCGCGGCGCGCGGGCCGUCCUCGUCUUCUUCGAGAUUUUGGUUUUCAUGUUCUGCUCGGCCCUCGAGAGCAAUUUAGAGUUCCCCGAGCCCCGGGGCGGCUGCGGGUCCUACGACAGUGAGCACGACUGCGUGGAGGGGACGCGCGUCUACGCGCUCGACAAGUCGACGAUCCGCGCGCUCUGGUCCGCGUCCGCGCGCGACUCCUUGACGAAGCCGGCCUGCGCCUGGGACCUCUGCUCCCAGACCUGCGGCGCCAUCGAGCCCGGCGACGGCUACUCGACGUCCUACCGGCGCUUCGUCUUCCUCGCGCUCACGCUCGCGGUGUCGUUCCCGCUGUGCGCGCUCUUCGAGCGCCUCUUCGAGGCCUACGUGCUCGGGCCCGUGCCGGAGGCGGUCCGCGCGCGGUUUCCGCGGCUCGCGAGGCUCUGCUGCGCCGCCGAGGGCGAGGCGGAGGCGAGCGUCGCUCCGGACGUCGAGGGCGCGCCGGACGACGAGGACCGCGGCGCGCCGCCGGCGCCGGAUUUCGCCUCCUGCGCGUGCUUCGGCGCGGCGGACGCGUCGUGCCUCGCGCGCGGCGCCAGCGCGGACGACGCCGCCCCCGCCGCCGCCGCCGAGGAGUCGCUCGAGGCGGUCCUCGGCCUCGACAAGGAAGCGUCGCAGCACGCGCCGGUCGACGACGAGGUUCCAGAGGCGGCGCCCCGGCCGCCGGUCGAGAAGGAGGCGCGGCCGCCGCUGCCGCCGCUCGACUCGGAGCUCGAGCUGGCGCCGCCGGACGGCGCGGCCGCGCACCCCUUCGCGGCCAUCGUCGAGCAGAUCGAGCAACCCGC